AUGUUCGACAACAUUGACUUCACUCAGCCCACCCUAUGGGUCUCUGCCAUUAGCAUUGCGUUCAACCCCACAUUUUGGAACAUUGCUGCGCAAUCAGAGUACCACAACAAGGUCAUCACCAAUCUUUUUGGCGGUAACAGUCGAUACGGGUGCUAUGCGCUCGCCGUCACCAUCUUCUCGCUUGGUAUCUUCAGGGACUAUCUCUACAACGAGGCCCUCGCUGCGCAACCCGUCUCUCCUCUCCUUCAGAAUCCGCUCGUGAAGUACUCUGCCAUUCCCCUCUUCCUCACCGGCAACACCCUGGUCCUGACCUCGAUGUGGGCCCUCGGCGUCACCGGUACCUACCUCGGUGACUACUUCGGCAUUCUCAUGGAUGCCCCAGUCACGUCAUUCCCAUUCAACGUCUCGGACGCGCCCAUGUACCACGGCUCGACACUCAGCUUUCUCGCUACUGCGCUGUGGUACGGAAAGCCCGCAGGCUUGCUCUUGACUGGUGUUGUGGCCGUUGCGUAUAGCAUCGCGAGGCAGUUCGAGGACCCCUUCACCGGCAUGAUCUAUAGGAAGCGCGAUGAGGAGAGAGCCAAGGGCAAGAAGGGCUUGUAA